GCUUAGAAACACACACAAACAGGGCCGGGUGGUUCAGGCGAGGACAGACACGACCCGAGCUGAACUCCACGUUACAAAUAGGAGCUGCGGCAUUUUCCAAGUGGAGCAGAGUGGAGGCGCACGGAGACGCGCGCGCAGAAUAUGACACAGGAGCAGAGCUGUUUUCAACCAACAGGACACAAAUGUCUCUGAGAGGAGUCGACUCAUCGUUUAACUGAGGUGGCGCUGUUGCUCCAUUCUUGACUCCCAGCGCUCAGAGGGUUCCCAGCAGCACCCAGUGAUCAGCAGAGAGGAGACAGUCGUUCAGACCAGCGUGGGGUGAUGUUUGAGGAGCAGUCUCAGGGGGUGAGGACGCAGCCGGAGCUGGCUGUGGUCCGUGAUGCCGACUCCCCCGCCUCCAGUGGAGGUGACGGUGGAGGAGCAGGAGGAAGUCCUCUGUCCUUCACAGAUGAAGCCGUGUCCAUACUGACCUCCGGCAGCCUGUUGGCUCGCUCCCUGCUGGGUCGCCCCGCGGCCGUCAAACGCAAGGAGAGCUCUGCCGCCGCUGCCCGGCGCAAGCGCGAGUUCAUCCCUCAGGAGAAGAAGGACGAGAGCUACUGGGACAAGAGGAAGAAGAACAACGAGGCGGCCAAGCGUUCGCGGGAGAAGCGGCGAGUGAACGACAUGGUCCUGGAGAGCCGGGUGCUGGCCCUGCUGGAGGAAAACGCUCGGCUCAGGGCGGAGCUGCUGGCCCUCAAGUUUCGCUUUGGUUUGGUUAAAGAGCCCUCCAACACCCAAAUCCUGCCUCUGGCUGCAGCUCCUCAGCACCCCCCCCAAACCAUAACUCAUCACUACUACCCACACAGAGGGAGUGGAUUCCCCCUGAGCUCCCCAGCACCUCAUCCCAGUGCCCAGAUGGGCCAGGGGAGCACCAGGAGCUCCAGGGAGGCUGGGAACGUAUCAGAGGACUCAGGUUUCUCCACGCCAGGUGGGUCCAGCGUGGGCAGCCCGAUCUUCUUUGAGGACCGGCCCGGUGAACACGGGAAGUUCUCACCUCACAGGGCAGAAGAGCUGAGCUAUGACCUCCAUCACUUUCCCACUGAUGUCCCCCACACUGCAGCACAUGGUGGAGGAAGGCUGGAGCCGGUGGAGACGAUAAAAAACCUUCCUCACAAGCUACGCUUCAAGACGCCUGGAGGCAGCGAGGGGGCUGAUGGACCAUGUGAGAACAGAAGGAGCCCCCUGCUCUCCGCCGCAGGACAGGAAGGGCUGAGAGACUCAGCCAAAGGAGUGAGCAGAGGAGACGCAGAGACAGUGCUCUGCACCGGCUCCUGGCUUCAGCAGCUGGAGGGAGAGGAGAGCAGGAAGGACAGACAGUCUCCUCAGUGCAGGGCUUCUACUCCGAGCUGUAACCUCCAGUCUCCCCCCACGCCCGGACAAAGUGAGGUCCAGGAGAACACUUACCUGAAGUCUCAGCUGAGCUCUCUGAGCGAGGAGGUGGCUCACCUGAAGAAGCUUUUUACAGAGCAGCUCAUGGCUAAAAGCAACUGAUUCAAGACGAUCUCUGUCCGUGAUGAAAACAGCUUUAAUGAAAGAAAACUGUUUGGAAAGUAAAAGCAUCAGUUCUGUCAGUGUGCACCAGGACUUUUACACUCAAGGGUUUUAUUCUAAUGUCAGAACAUCCUGUUUACCAACUCACUGUAGUGUCAGCUCACGUUACAGUCAUGAACACGAGUCUUAUCGUUAUAGGUGUGCAGUUUAAAAUAGUUUCACUGAAACAACAAAUUACACAACAAAUUACACAACAAAUACCUUAACUUGUUCUCAAGCCCAAAUGUUGAAUUAUAUUGAAAGGUACUUAGUUUAUAGUGUAUGCCACAUUCGAGGAAUUAUCCAGUUUUAUAAUUAAAAUGACUUAAUGCACAAUUUUCACUGUUGAGACGGUUCAUGGCCUGAAAAACACAAGACAGAGAGAAAACACACAGAAAGAUGUAUUUUAGUACACAAGUCCACUUUAAAUAUGUUGCAAUCUAGACUAAAAUGUUCUUCAGAAUCAUAUUACACAAACAUGUGUUGAGUUGUUGUGAGGUUGUAAUCACACAGUCCUGUCAAGGAAUACACUCGGUUUAUAAAAAAUACUCUGUAACACCUACAGUUGUGUUGUUUCACAUCAUUCUUUCUUA